AUGAUCCUCUGGAGGCAUCAGAAAGUUCUGGUUGAAUGAAUGAAAAAUGUUCUUAUUGGUGAAUGAUGCCUACAAAUGUGUUUGAUAAACAAACUAACAGAUUUUUGCCUUGCAAACUGCUAUUUACCCUUCAACAUUCUCCUUAGAUGCCCUCCGGGGGCAUUAGGGUCUCGUGGCCACUUGGAAAGAAGCUCAGCCCUCCUCGACUACAGGUCACUCACCCUGGAAGAAAGACGGAAACCGAGGGGGUGGGGAAAUUCUGUGGUCCCUCCUGUCACGAUUUCCAUUUCCGGGGGGCCCCUUUUAACCCAGUCCUUCCUGCCUCCCCCUCCCCUCAGCUAGUGAAGCAUCUGAAAGUGGGGCAGCCCUAGGGGCAUAUCCCAGCUGGGUUUCUGGGGCAGCAGGAAGGGGCCCAUAAAGGCACCCUGAGGGCUUCCUGGAGUAGGGGGCAAGUAGGCCACGGGCUUCCUGGAGUAGGGGGCAGGCAGGCCAAUCUGGGUGUGCAGAUUUGGCAUGGGGAAGGUGAAGUGUAGUGAACCUCGGGGCAAGCUUCAGAUCCCGACUGAUAAGGGUAGAAACACCACCUCACCUGCUCACACACCUGCUAUGGCUCCCCAGUGCCCUUGGGAGAAAGCCCAGCCCUUCAACCUGGCUCUUGAGGUCCUUGGCUGCCUUAGCACCUUCGUCUCUCCUGUGGAGCCCCAGACCUGCCAUGUUCAUCUUGAUGUUCCCCAAAGCAUCCCCUGAACUUUUGCUUCUGCUGUGCCCUCAGCCAGGAAUGCUCUUUCCAUAAAUGAGUUCAAGAGCCCCCUUCUCUGGGCAUCCCUCUGAACUCCCCCUUGGGACAUCCCCAGCCUCUGCCCCUCCCUGCACCCAGCCCUGAUGCCAAGGAGCUGGGGGCAUCUGUGUUCAGCUCUGCCCCCUCCUCCAUUUUUCUCCCUCCCUCAGUGUCUUUCCAGUAGCUGCUCUGACUUUGGGGGGGGGCUGGGAAAGAGCUGCUAAGGCCACUGGGGGCCCCCCAAAAUGAUUAAUUAUACCGGCUGCCUGGUGGGCAUUACCUGCCAGGAGCCCAGCCCUCCUUUAUCCUCACGAUCGCCUAUUUUGCAGAUGGGGUAGCUGAGGCCUGGAGGGGCCAACCUUGGUGGUGGGGCAGCCCUGGGGCAUGAGCCUUACUCCCGAGAUGCAAAGCUCAGCCUCGCUGGGGAGGAGGGGGGAGCCCUCUGUCUGAAUCCAUCUCUUCAUGUGCAGCUGGGGACUCGAGGGGUCUGGGCACUUCAGGGCUCAGUUUCUCCAUCUGUGAAAUGGGACACAUAGAUGGUGUCUCUUGGGGUAGGGGUCUCAGGAUCUUCGAGAGGAGGCCAAGGGUUUGGCCCUAUCUCUAACCAUCUCUUCCAUUUUUCUUUAUGUUUCUCUCAAUCUGUCUCUAUCUCUGUCUCUGUCUCUCUCUCUCUGUCUCUGCCCUUCCCCCAGGCCUCACACACCAGUUCUGCAGCCCACUCCACCCUCUGGCCUGGCCUGGGCCCUACUCCCAGUCAAGGCUGCUCUGUGCAGGGUCACGGGGUCCCCGUCCCCACUGUGCCAGGCCUGGGACACUGCCUCUUUGUUCCCAUGGCUCUGACCUCAUGGCCUUCUGGGCGCCUGACCCUGACUGGCCCAGCUGCCCCCGGGGACAGGGCUCCUCUGAGACUGGGCUUUCUCCCAGCCCACCUGAGCCCCAGUCCCCAGAUGCUCUUCCAGAAGAGACCCCCACCAUGCUCCUCAGUCCCCUUGUGCUCCAUGAACAUUUUCUUACAGGUGAAAAUCACAUAAAAUUAACCAUUUAAAAAGCUACAAUACAGUGGCAUUUAGAACUUUGACUAUGUUCUGCAACCAUCACCUCUGUCCAGUUCCAGAACAUUCUCAUCACCCCAAAGGGACACUCGUUCCCAUUAGCAGUCACUCCCCAACCCCCAUCUGCCACCCCCUGGCAACCACUCAUCUUUCCGUCUCUUUGAAUUUGCCGGUUCUUGACAUUUCAUGUACCUGGGAUCGUACAACAUGUGAGCUGUUGUGUCUCGCUUCUCUCACUCAGCAUGACGUUUUUGAGGUUCAUCCACUUUGUAGCAUGAAUCAGUCCUUCUCCAUGGACAUUUUGGGCCUUUGUAGAAAGUGGGGAGAAAGAUUCAGAAACUGAGACAGCCAGAUGCCAAGAAACAGAUGCAGAGAAGAGACAAAGCUUAGUCUGAAGGAAGCAAAGGGGCUCUUCAGGAGCUGGGACCCAGGGUGCCCUGGGGCUGGAGUUUGGGAAACGGGGAAGGGGGCAUUUGGGGAGGGGGCAGUGGAGAGCAAACACUUCAUAACGAUUUGUUGGGAGAGUGAACGCAGACAUAGGAGAACACCGGGCUCCCAUUUGGUACCUAAGUCUCAGAAGUCAGCUAGAGAGGGCUGGAGACCAAGGCAAGGGCUCAGAGCAACAGGCUACUCAUGGGGCUGGCACCUUCUGUCCAGCUAGGGCUUGGGCCAGCAGAAUAGACCCCCAGAUCUGUGGCCCUGGGUCAGACUUGCCCCACGGGUGGGUUUGUGGCCGGGAUGAGGCCACCACCACCGAGCUGACUUCCUGGGUUUCUCUUUCAGUUUGACUUGCGCCAGGAGGGGCCAUGAUACCUAACUUUUUUUUUUUUUUUUAGUCUUUUAAGUCUUCUUUCUUACUCAGCUUCAACAUGUUCAGGGGCGAGGACGGGGUGGCUGGCAGAAGUUCAUCUGGUCCUGCAGGCCACUGCGUGGGCUCAAUGGAGCAGGCGUGGGCCAGGCUGGUCCCCCUCCUUCUGCUCCUGCUCCUAGGGCGAGGCGCUGAAGCCUGCAGUACCAGUGGGUGCUGUUUUCAGGACCCGCCGUAUCCGGAUGCAGACUCAGGCUCGGCUUCAGGCCCCAAGGACCUGACCUGCUACCGGAUAGUCAGCGCUGGUUAUGAAUGUUCCUGGAAGUAUGAGGGCCCCACGGCUGGGGUCAGCCACUUCCUGAGGUGCUGCCUCAAGUCCGAGCACUGCUGCUACUUUGCUGCGGGCUCAGCCACCAGCCUGCAGUUCUCUGACCAGGACGGCGUAGCUGUGCUCCAGCUUGUCACGCUCUGGGUGGAAUCUCGAGCCGAGAACCAGACGCAGAAGUCGCCUAAGAUCACCCUGAAGCUUCAUAGCGCAGUUAAAUAUGACCCUCCGUCAGCCAGAGACAUCACCGUGUCUGGGUCCGCGGGGCAGGUGCUCUUGAAGUGGGAGACCCCAGCCCGCCAGGAUGGCGCCGAGGUGCAGUUCCGGCACAGGACAGCCGGCAGCCUGUGGAAGUUGGGCAACUGCGGACGUCAGGAGGAUGCUGGCUUCGAGUCCUGCCUCUGCCCCCUGUGGACGGAUGCAGCCCAGGAAUUCCAGCUACGCAGGCGGCGACUCAGGCCGGGAGCCCCAGGAGACCCCUGGAGCAGCUGGAGCAGCCCCGUGUGUGUCCCCCCUGAACAUCCCCCAAAGCCCACCUUGAAGUUCUCGGUGGAGGCGCUCCGUCCACAUGGGAGGAGGCAGGUCACCCUGCACGGGCAGCUGCCCCAGCUUGAGCUUCCAGAAGGCUGCCUCGGGUCCAACUCUGGCGGGGAGGUGACCUACCGUGCCCGCCUGCACAUGCUGUCCUGCACGUGUAAGACCAAGUCCACAAUGACCUUUCAGCUGAGGAAACCGCUCAAUCUCUCUGGCGCGGCCUAUGACCUGGCUGUUGUUUCCCAGAAUCGCUUCGGCCCCGGCCCCAACCAGACGUGGCACAUUCCUGCCCAAACCCACACCCACACAGAACCAGGGGCUCUGAAUAUCAGUGUGGGAGCCGAUGGGACCACCAUGCACUGGCCAGCCCAGGCCGGGGCCAAGGCAUAUUGCAUUGAGUGGCAGCCCCAGGGCCAGGACAGGAACCUUACCAACUGCGCACUGACUCCGCCCCAGGACCCGGACCCUACCGGCAUGGCAACCUACAGCUGGAGCAGAGGACCUAUGGAGCAGAAGGUGUGUUACCACAUCACGAUCUUUGCCUCUCCACGCCCAGAGAAGCCCAUCUCGUGGUCCACAGUCUUGUCCACCUAUCACUUUGGGGGCGAUGCCUCGGGGGCCGGACGCCCACAACACGUGUUGGUGAAGAAGCUCAGCCAGGACUCCGUGUCUGUGGACUGGACACCAUCCCCGCUGAGCACUUGCCCGGGGGUCCUGAAGGAGUACGUCGUGCGCUUCCAGGAUGAGGAGGGCAACCUCAUGUCUGAGCUGCCCGUGAAGCCCACAGAGACCCAGGUCACCCUUGGUGGCCUUCGGGCUGGCACAGCCUACACCGUGCAGGUUCGAGCAGACACAGCGACACUGCAGGGCGCCUGGAGUCAACCCCAGCCAUUCAGCAUCGAAGUCCAGGUUUCCCGGUUGUUCGAUUUGUCCAUACUCCUCGUAUCUCUGGGGAGCUUCGCCAGCAUCCUUCUCCUGGGCGUCGUUGGGUACCUCAGCCUGAACAGGGCUGUGCGGCACCUGUGCCCACCCCUGCCCACACCCUGCGCCAGCACUGUGGUCGAGUUCCCUAGCAGCCAGGGCAAGCAGGCUUGGCAGUGGGCAAGCCCCGCAGACUUCCCAGAGGAGGUGUCCCUGAAAGAGGCCUUGGUGGUGAACACGUCCUGGGAAAAAGGUGAGGGAACUGACCUGGACACACCUGCUGGGGAGGUGAAGACAGAGCUCCUUCGGGGCACUCCUGAACUGGCUUUGGACACAGAGCUGCCCCUGGAGGACGGAGACAGGUGCAAAGCCACCCUGAGACUCUGGCUCUGGGGCCAGGCAGGCAGGAGGGUCUGGAGGGCAACCCUGCCCAGGUGGCUGGACUCUCACUGCCCUUGGGAGACCUGAUACAGACCCCCAUAUUCAGGGGCCCUUCGCACGUGGGCCUGGAGG